AUGUCGAGUUCUGAUUCAUCACCCGCCCUCUCGGCGAGUACACCCCCUUCGUCUAUUCCCUCCCCACAAAUGAACAAACUUAGUCUAUCGGAUCCAGUUGUAGUCAAUGACGAAAACAAAGCCGCCGCUGCAGAAAUCAAAGCCAAAGCUAACCAGGCUUUUUCAAGCCAUGACUUCGCCAGGGCUGUUGAGCUGUACUCUGAGGCUAUAGAAAAGAACCCCAACGAUGCGACAAUAUGGUGUAAUCGCGCCUAUGCAAGGAUGAAGCUGGAGGAAUUUGGAUAUGCCUUGAAUGAUACCAAUCAAGCAAUUCAUCUGGAUCCCAAAUACGCCAAGGCAUAUUACCGACGCGCGACAUGUUACAUUCAAAUUUUGAAGCAUCAGUCUGCCAUCUCCGACUUCAAAAAAGUUCUAGCGAUAGAACCCAAUAAUGAAACUGUUCGAAUGCAAAUGGUAUCGACGCAGAAGUUGUUGAGGAGAAUGGAGUUUGAGAAAGCAAUCGAAACGGAGGAAGAGAAGAGCGCGGUCGUGCGAUGCAAAGAAAUCAUUCACGAAGGCGGAUGUUUCGUGGAGAGAGAUUAUUCGGGACCCCAACUACCGCUGGAGGGUGACAAGUACACUAUCACUUUGGAAUUCAUUAGAGGAAUGAUACAGUUGUUCAAAGAGGGCAAGAAGCUUCCUAGACGAUAUGUUUGGGAGAUAGUCAUGGGGGCUUAUGAACAUUUCAUAAAGGAAGGGAGUCUGGUUGAGGUGGACUUGGCUGAUGGGGUAACUUGCGAUGUCAUCGGGGACGUCCAUGGCCAAUUCUACGAUUUAUUACAUCUUUAUUCUUUGACAGGAGAGCCGAGCGAAAGACAUUACCUACUUAUGAACGGGGAUCUGGUGGAUCGCGGUUCAUGGUCUGUCGAGGUCAUACUUACCGCCUUUGCAUUCAAGUGGUUAUAUCCAACGUUCAUGUACAUUAACCGCGGCAACCAUGAAGCGAAGGACAUGAACAGUACGUAUGGAUUCGAAGGUGAAGUCAAACACAAACACGGGGACCAGACCUACAAGCUCUUCGCAUACGUAUUCACGACAUUGCCUUUGGCAACGCUCGUUAAUGCAACAAAACCACCGACAACGAAGACACCUCAAACAAUUCUUUCGCCGCAGGGGACCAAGCGAUAUUUUGUAGUGCAUGGUGGCCUCUUCAGCAAAGAUGAAGUGACGCUGGAAGACGUACGCAAGAUAGAGCGUGUAGGAAAGCAACCCGGACAGAGUGGGUUGAUGUGUGAAUUAUUAUGGACCGAUCCGCAAUCAAUGCCUGGUCGAGGACCGUCCAAACGAGGUGUGGGUAUAGCAUAUGGGCCAGAUGUGAGUAAGAGAUGGUGUACCAGUAACGGAGUCACGGGGAUUAUAAGGAGCCACGAGGUUCGGCAGGAUGGGUAUGAGGUCGAGCACGAUGGUCUAUGUACUACCGUGUUUUCAGCUCCGAAUUACGUGGAUCAAGCAGGCAACAAGGGCGCAUUCAUACGCAUUGACUGUGCAGGUGAACAGAAAUACACGCAGUUUGAGGCUUCCCCUCACCCAAAUGUGAAACCUAUGGCGUAUGUCCAGGGGGGUCUUGGGAGCUUGAUGAUGUAG